AUGUCAGCGAAAUCGGUGGACCGGCGACAAACAGAUUCCUCUGGGUCCUCAAAUAAGCAAGAAGAAGACCAGCCCGUCGUGCCUGCUGAAUUAGAAUCGGUCAGCACCCGCCUUGGUCGCCUGAAAGACGAGGUCCUUCCUUCCGCGCCGUACCUCCUCACUGUUCCAACAGACGUACCUUUUCGCCUUGGAAAUAGGUUCGUCAACAAUUGGGCAGUGGGGAAGAAAGGCCCCUUUGCGAUAGAAGAACAGCAACUACAGUACAUGACCUUUUUGAUGCACCACGACGCGGACUCUCUGCUUGUUGCUGUCGGAGAUUGGUCAGAUAACGACGGAAGGGCCAUGGCCAAACAAGAUGAUGAAAAGUCUCGGGUCGCUACACCUACUACACCUGCGGCAACACAGAGUGGUGCGGCAAAGAAGAAGAUCAGUCUAAGCGACUAUAAGACGAGGGCGAAGGGGGAUUCAACAAGAGAGCAAUCGGCCGACGACGGAGAACCGCCUCGCGAUGGCACUCGAAACGAGAAACACGAUACCCUACAAGUUCCUCCUUCUCGUACAAUAAAGGAACGAACCUCGCAUGAUCGACUGAAUGAAAGCGCAAACGCGACCUCUCCAAGCUCCAAACGACCGCUUAAAGAUUCUUCAAGGCCAGUUAGUGAUGCUCCUGCAUCGAAGCGUGCACGAUUGACUCCUCCCGAGUCUGCGGAAGAAAAAUUACCUGCAGACAAAAAGCCGAACGGCAUUCCCGCCCUUCUUUCUCCUACACUCCCCCCAACCUCUUCCACUCCCGGUCUACCCGAAUUACUAUCCCCUACCCUACCGCCUGAACUUGAGGAGGAACUUGCUCAUUUAGAAGAUGAGUCUCCCCUUACUUCAAGACGAGAAACAACCUCCGUCUCCAAAGUUGACAGCAGGAACGGAACUACGAAUCUAAAAGCUCCGGCUCAUAAUCGAAUACGUCCUGAUCAGAAGUCGACUACUAAUAGACAGCCUAAAGAGACAAGCAAAACCACUCCACUUCCUACUGGCGGGAAAAACAACAACACUAGGACUCAAGAUACGGAUCUAAGAUCUACAUCUCCAUAUCAAAAAUCACCGGCAUCAAAUACCACUGCCAGAAUAAAGGGGGCGCCAUCUUCUGCCACAGGAACCACAGCACCCAAGAAGCUUAUAGUCAAGUUGAAAUAUGGGCGAGCGAACAGGAAAAGAGUGGGCGCUCUACUCAAAUUCGGUGGCAAACGCAAAUUAUCCGACAGUCUACCUUCCAGAGCGUCAAAGGAAUCGUUAUCUGGGGAUGAAGAUGGAGAUAUUUUGCGAUAUGAAUCGAAGUUCCGAGAAAGAAAACGAGAGCGUUCUCCAUAUGACGAUCGAAUGGAUGAACAACCACUACAAGACACGUUUGGAGCCGGCAAGACUGUACCUUCAGAUAAGGCUAGGACCUCGAACGCCACUUCGUUCAAAUCACCAUCAAGUAAGCGACCUGCUGUUUCGAAAACAGAGUCCGUUGCUCCUACUCCAGUCAAGGACAAUCGAUCCAGGCAUCAACGUCUUGCAGAUGCGGAUGCGGAAGUCAAGACACCCUCGAGUUCAUCAGGUGGUAAAUCCCUACCACCAAAACCAGACAAGGCUAUACAAAUGUCACCUGCCAACAGCGAUGUCAUGAGGGCUCGAGAUCAGGAAAGAAGAUCGUGGCGCGAUGAGUAUACAAAAUACACGGGGCUAGGCCGGGAAUCAAAACACACCGCAGACGGAUAUUCCAGGGCCAGAGCCACUGGCAGCGAUAGCGUUUCAAGUUUGGGUGGAAAGCUGGCUGCAGCAUCCGCUAUUGAAUCAAUACUUUGCUUCAUUGUUGCAUUCGUCGCAAAUGACCGUCACAGAUCAAUCGCCCGACAAAUUGGUGAUUCUGAGACCUGGCGGUCCAUUAUUCCAUAUUGGCGUGUGGUGGAAAGGACCACAUCUGCUUAUCCUCAUCUACACGGACUAUGUCUUGUCCUUGGUGCUGUGUCUCGGGACACUAUCAACACUCUGGAUCUGGAGCGACUCGCGGUCUGUCCUCUCCCCGGCGAACAAAGUCCCGUCCCGACUCCAGGCAGUGACGGAAACACAGUAACCUCUGACCGCAACAACAGCAACAGAAGCCACAACAAAAAGGAAUUCUUAGACCUUCGCAACCGUCUCCCCGAAAAUCACAAGGAAGCCAACCGUCUAUGGCUCGAAGGCUGUCGGAAACUUUCAGAUGAUGUCCUCGCCAAAGAAUACCCAGAGACAUGGUCAAGUCGGUCCCGCAAUUUCACAGAACGAGGUCACGACAAUUUCAAGAUCGGACAAUAUGCUGGUGGUUUCUUUUUACCAUUUAGUCGCACAACGACACCUAUGGAAACAGUCCGGUUUGGGGUUGCCUUGUUACGCGAAUGGUGCAGGAAGGAGAAUAUAGAUUUCAAAGCUCGACUGAAGCUUUGA